UUGCACAUGCGUGGACAGAGUUUGACGUGGGACAUUGUACUUUUGUGUCGUGCUCCAUUAAAUUGGGAUUUCUGUUGAAUAAUGUCCUUGCCUUCUGCUCUGCCAUUGUUGUCCACUUCUCAUUCAUCUCCUCACGCAGCGCGAACAAAGACACGUCAGCCUCGCCCUCUGAUUGGCUCCCUGCCGGGGCCCCGCGACGCUGCUGUGCCGCUAGCUCCGCCACAACAGAUGGACCUCUCGCGCUCUCCUCCUCCUCCUACCAGCUCCUGGAUGCACUGCUGCACGCGCCCCGCUGAUUGUGUCCAACGGCAGGAGAACGAGCGACUUGUCCCAGGAGUUUUAACGGCUAACGUUCAGUUGAGGAUAAACGACUGAAAGACGGAAGAAAAGGACCGAGGAGACCUGUGUUAGUUACAUUCAGAAGAAAAGACCCUCUUGGAUCACUGACACCUGCUAAUACCUGAGGAUACAAACAGAAUCUGCCUGCCUAUAACUUUGGCUGCCUCUCCUCAUAGGCGGCUUCUUCUUUGGUGACUCAACAACAGCUCAUAGUCUUUACGACGCUCCUCUCAUGCUCACUGAGAAUGGAUGAUACACAGUACGGGGUUCAGAUCGGAGAGAACAAGUUCGUCAGCAAGGCAACAGUCCUGUCACAUCUUAAAACUUACAACCUCUAUUAUGAAGGGCAGAAUCUGCAGCUGCGGCACAGAGAAGAAGAAGAGGAACUGUUUGUUGAGGGCUUGCUGAAUAUCUUUUGGGGCCUCCGGCGACCAAUCAGGCUACAGAUGCAGGAUGACCACGAGCGAAUCCGGCCGCCCCCCUCCUCCACGUCUUGGCACUCGGGUUGCAAUCUGGACAGUCAAGGUUCUCCCACCACCACAGAUGGUCAACAGACUCAGCAGAGCUCACCCACAGUGGAAGUGACGCCACCUGACAGCCAACCAGAGGACAACGGUGUGACUGAAGAGGAGGCAGAAGAGGACAGUGAGAGCUCCACUCAGCUCCUCAGGACAAAGAGCGAUGCCGGGGUCUUAAGGCGAGGCCAGCGAAGGUCGCCAAGUGACCAGAGGAAAAUCCGACGCCAUCGAUUCUCCAUCAACGGACACUUCUACAACCAUAAAACAGCAGUGUUUACGCCUGCUUACGGGUCGGUGACUAACGUUCGCAUCAACAGCUGUAUGACCACGCCGAAGGUGCUACGAGUUCUCCUUAACAAGUUCAAAAUCGAAAACAGCCCAGAUGAUUUUGCACUCUAUCUGGUCCAUGCUAGUGGAGAGCGAGUGAAACUGAAGCGGACUGACUAUCCUUUGCUGCUGAGAGUCAUGCAGGGACCGUGUGAGCAGGUCUGCAAAAUUUUCCUCAUGGAAGAAGAUCUCGGAGAAGAAGUCACAUAUGAUGUGGCGCAGUAUAUCAAGUUUGAGAUGCCUGUCCUCCAGAGUUUCAUCACCAAGCUAAAGGAAGAGGAGGACAGAGAGGUGCAGAAACUCAGGAGAAGGUAUAACUAUCUUCGGAAUAUAAUCGAGAAGCAGCUCCAGUGUCUUCCAGAGGGGGCAAAGUGUAUGUGAUCUGCUCAUGGUAGGGCCCCCUAUCCCCACACCAAACUGUCACCACAGCUGCCAAGCCGUGACCAAGAGAAUGACCAAGAAUCAGCUGACAAGAGCAACAUGUACAUGUUUCACCAACUAUCCUGCUCCUCUGAAGUCCUCCCUCAGCACAUCCCACAAUCAGUCAGUCCACAGUUUGCUCUUUCGUGCACGUGUUGAGUGUGACCAUCUCUGUGAUACUGAGAGUCAUAGCAACACACACACUUUUUUUUUCUUUGCUUUUCUUUACCAUGAACAGAGCACUCGGACAAACGUCUCCUGUUUGUGGUUUUUUAACCUUUUUUUAGUCUGUUAGCCUGCAGGAUGAGGCUAAAAUGUAACCUGUCUUCUGCCUUCUCUGCAGGAAAUAUUCAAAAUCGUUUUAAAGCACAAAUGUCAUCUUAUAGUGACUUUUAUAUAGGUUUCUCCAAGCACAAAACACACAAAGUUGGUGGGAUACUUUGAAGCUGAUGUAAACAUUUAGGACUUUUUUCAUUUCAUUGAUGUGAAAUCUGCAAGGACCCAAGCAAAAAGAUCACAACCUUAAAAAACUGAUGCCACUCACUUCCUGUUUGAGAAGUUGUUAAAUGAACUGAUUGUCUCCUUUUUAUUGCCACUGAGAAUUUCACUGCAGACUGUGACUGUGAUAAUGCAGUUACACGCAGUGUUUGGCAUUUUACGUGUAGGCAGCAGGUAAGACUGAGAAUCACAGGGAACAACCAUCCUGUAAAUGUGGAGUGGUCUGAAGGUGACAAAAAUUAACCUUACAUAUUUCAUUAAAUUUAAUGCAUAAAAAGCCCAGGUGAAAGAGUAUGGAGAAGUGAUUCCUGCAUAUCAAGCCCCCAAAACUUCAACUGCCGUGUUUAUGUUUGGUGGCGCCGGUCUUUGUCCUGCUCACUGAGCUUUAAAUGAGAUCUGGUCACAUUGAAGCCAAGCUCUCAGCAUGAAGUUAGAUCCAGAAGUUCCCCAAAAUAACAGACUAUUCCUUGGAAUAAUGCCACUUUUUUUGAGCUACUUGUUUUGUUCCUACACACAUUCAUGUCUUAGUCUAAAGGUUUGCCUGACAUUAACCAGAUUGCACAAAAUCUUCAUGUUUUGUUUUCAUUUUGGUUUAGCUUUUUUUUUAGUUUUUUUGACAUCUACAUCCAGCAGAGACGAGAAGCACAAAAUGAUAAUCCCACAAGACUGUGAAUUUAACGGAGAAUGUUUUUAAACGUACGAAUGAGCAUUUCUAAGCAGUGCGGUUUGCCUCCACAUGUACAGCACUUUGUCUCCUUCCGCCUGACAGUUCAGUAUUUCUGACACGCAGUGGACGACGCCCCGAAGAUUGUGUGAGAGCAUGCAUGUUGUGUUUUUAGUGACUCCUAAGACUUGCCUGCUUUUGUAUUGUCUUUUACAAAGUAAUGAAGAAAUUUUAGCCUUUAAAGUGUUAACUCUUGCCACUACUUUGUGGAAGUUUUCGUACAAUGAUUGUUAUUUAAUAAAAAAAUUUGUCUGGGGAAAAUGAA